AUGACCUCCAUUUCUACUUCCGUUGCGGGCCUACCCCUCGAGCAACUUACACUCUACCAUGCCGUGGAUCCUAUUCUCUCGUCAGUUCUCAUAUUCCACGGUCCUGUCGUAACAGCCAAUUCCACUGUUCGGAGCUCGCGUUUCCAAGCACACAUUAUCGCGCCUGGUGGGGUCCAGAGCUACCCUCGACUUACAAUAUCUCCAGCAGGCCCGCUUUAUGCUGCAGUCAACCACCUUCCACUGGACAAGCAAGGCGAUGAAAUAUACAGAGGGUUAGCUGUUUGUCUUUUGAAAUAUUUUAGCGACCUCUCUGAGCCGGUCAGAUAUGUACUGCUAGGCACUGCGCGAUCGGGAAAUCUGGCCGCGCGAUUGCCAAACGCCUUCGACGAAUUUCAUGCUGCAGAGUUAGCGAAUAAAAUGGCGAAGGUAGAGGACCCUACAGACGCUAUCCGCGAUCUCAGAGACGCAUAUAGUGACAGAAUUGUCCCAUGGAUUGAUGUGGAUCUCGUUUUACCCCCUGGCGCCAUCGCAAUCGCCAAUGGUUCCCGCAAUUCCGACGUUGAAGUCGAAUCCCAAGGAGAUCUCACGAGCCAAUAUGGAAAGUAUAGUUCGCUGGUUGAACAUCUUGGCGAACCGGUAUUCCUACCCAGUUCGAAACUGCGGCGAGCCCCUUCUCAACCCUUAAACGCGAGAAAAUCAAAAUUGUUCUCUGCCGCCCAAAAAGAGGCUCUCCGACUAGCCAUGUGUGAAGCUGUAGAUACUGAGGAAAGAUACGUUGGAAAAAUGUACGACUUGGUACAUAAUAUCAUUCAAAGAUUUUCCCAGAAAGCUGCCGAUAAGCCACCAACAAGUACAAGCCCUGAUGAGACUGCAUUGAAGCAGCUUUUUCCUCCCUGCCUGAAAGAAAUCCUUGAGGUUAACAUGGGGUUCUUGGCCGAAAUCCGCGAGAUACUCGAACAGACGGAGAAAGAUGCUCUUGAAGAUCUGUCAGGAGACACGCACAUCGACUUGUCGUCAUUUCGCAGGGACGCUGCAGGAAGGAGAAGUGAUCCCAUAGGCAUUAUCAAGUUUGCCCAUGCCCUCCUGGAAUGGUUCCCAAAAUUCUCCAACCCAUAUGGAGAUUACAUGCACGCUCACCAUGGCUUUUCUCAAACUUUGAGUUCCUUUCUCAAUGAUAACCAAUCAAGUUUCUCUAAGAGAGUAUACGAGACUGGAGAGCAGAAGAUGCGCUCGGUGUUAAUGGAACCCGUUCAGCGCCUCCCUAGAUAUAGCCUUCUUAUCGAUGCUAUGACUAGUGCACUUCCCUCUGUCCACCCAGCUGUUAAAACACUCCUUAAGGCUCGCGAUAUUAUCACAGAAAUUUGCUCGCUAGAUUCACAUUCUGCAAAGGACAAUUCCAGAGAUCUGAAACGACUCCAGCGACUAGUUGAAGACUUUCCUGCCGCCAGCAUGCCUUCUGGAAGAUUGAUUACCGCGGUUGAUUUCUAUGACUUACCACCGCCUUAUCAUCCGUGCUCACCUGAAGAAAGUUUAGAUUCAGGGAUUCUGUUGCUUUAUGGAGACUACUUGAUCUUGCUAUCUAAAACAUUUGAAAGCAGAAUGACCGCUCGUGGUCUUUAUGCUGAGCUCGACAAACCUCCUGUUGUCCCCUAUGAUGAGGGACCGGCGCCUUUCGAACUUAAAUUUUUACAAGCACUGCGGAUAACUAACCUCCGCUGCUCCCAAUCGGUAUGCGGCCGUAUCCUAUAUCUUACCCCGGCGGGAAACUUUGUGCAGAAUGAGCGUUCUCGCUCUGCAUCCGCGAUGCACGCUUUGGAACUCUUGUCAAACUAUGAGGGUAAAGCUGGGCGUUUGAUUGAAGAAAUCACCAAGGCCCGAAUCGAAGGACGGUUCUCUGAGGAGUACCGUGAACAUAGCAAAUGGAGCCUUCGCAGUUUUAAGGGCGUUUCUUCAGAUUUGGGCAUUUUGAUAUCCGUAUUCGAGGAUGAACCAAAAAACGUUGGUGGCCAAUACUUAUCCUCUACAGUUAAACUCAUAUCUGACGGAACAAAAACCGUUAUGUCGAAAGAGUUGAGCCGGCCGGGCGUGGAGGUUAUUGCCUCGAUCUCUCAGUCUGGGAUUGGCAUGUACAAGAUGGAGACAGAAUCUGUAGUGGGCCUCUCCUCAGUAGAUUCCUUUUCUGCUGAAGAGUUUGCCUCAGUUUUGUCCAAUCGACUUAACAACGUCCUUCGCCCAUUACAUCAGCCUGAGAAUCCCAUUCUUACUUCGGCUAUUUUAAAUACUAACUUCAACAUUAUUCGUUCGAUCGCCAGUUAUAUUCUGGAGCACGCAAAAUCGGGGCGAGGAUUUAGACCUCCUUCCCCAUCUAAACUUCUAUCAAACUUUUGGAACGGCAGUCCGAAAGGCUCGUUACCACCUCCCAGAUCACUUUUUCCUGCCCCUAUUCUAAGAGAAAUUCCGCAAAUCCUUCCGCCAGCAUUAGACCACUCCAAUACCCUGGCCACUCCGCCCAAAACGGGGAACGGCGGCACCCUAAUCGGAGUAAGUUCGGGGGAGGGCACUCCAGAUAUUUUUAAGUCUCUAGAAGAGACAUUUUCUGCCUACGUUAUUGCAAUUCGUUCGAGAAGUGGGAAUAUUGUUGGUCGCAUACUUCGAAUGCGGAGGCAGGCUGACCCCGCCACGAUAAAUGAGCUUUACAAUGCACUUUUAGAGGAUGCUGGAAAGAUUCAGCUGGCUGCCGAAUCUCCAGUUGACGUUUUGUUUGUGGCAUUUGAAACCUUCAUGGCGAAUUCCUGGAACGAACAUAUUGGCCCCAUAAUUUCUCCAGACGCGUGGGAGGCCAUACAGUCCAAGUUUGAUUCAAUGUCUCCCGGAGGUUUUGAAAACUAUUUCCACCAGUUCCUGACAGAAAUGAGUCCUCAGAAUCGCCGAGCUCUCACAGUGCUGGUGAAAUUGCUCGCUGAGCUGCUUGAUGCUUCUGGUAAUGAUGGUGAUCGCGGUGCUCUUACAGCAACUUUCUCUGAAAUUUUGACUGAUAAGGGAAACGCCAUGGAGCAUAUAUCGCUCCUUGAUCGUCUUGUAGAGGAUUUUGACCGGUUAUUUGACGAAAGCAGCACUCCCGGUGCGCCGAUUGAAGGGAUUCUAUUAAAUGACCAUGCGAGCCCGUUUUCCAGGGCUCACUCUGUGAAUAACGGAUCGACAAACCAUGGGUCCAUAAGCUCGAACACAUCUUCGCUUCGAAAGAGGUUUGGCUUUGGGAGUACUCGAGACCGUGGUAAAUCCGAGAGCGAAGGAAAAGUUAGUUCUAUAAUUCGAACACUUAGCAAAUCCAAAGCACACGGAGAAACAGACUCUCAGCCAUCAAGUUUUUCAAAGGCAUCUAUUUUUCGAUCUAGAUCUAUCGACAUCGACUCGCGCUUAAACAGUUUGUUGCGACCUGUGUCACGGGAACGCCUUCUCGCACAUGGCAUUUUUUCUGCAUCCGCAGAGGAUCAGUCAUUACGCCCAAACAGUGCUCACAGCAAUGCUCCUACACUUGCAUCUAUUGGUGAGGUUCCCACCACGGAUAAACCUGUAACGAUAAGGAAAAAGAGGCGAAGCUCGUUGUCUGAUUUGAAAGCUUUGCCGGCCACAAAUGUUUCAACUUUGCUGCCUCCAAUUGAUUUGAGGCGCCCGCUUACUCCGGCUUCCCCUCCGAAUGCCACAACCUCACUGGAUCCUUCAUCUCCGCUUCAGCAGGACGAUAAGACUGGACCGCAAACUUUGAAAAAGAUAGUUCCUGCAACUUCGUCUCCUUCACGACCCCUAGUAUCAUCUAGUAAAGAGAAUGCUCCCCCGACACCGAGAACUACGCUCGGGAAUAAAGUCUCAAAUAGAAAGUCAAACUCAGCCAUUCCACUCCAGCUCAGCCCCAAACGACGUUCGGAAGGCCUAUCCUAUAUUCCAUCUCCUAGAAACAAUCUAUGCAAGGAUCGAGUUGUUUUACCCAACCCGACGGAUAUGUAUAACGGGAGGCCUCAGUCAUCUUCAUCGAUUCCUCGAACCCCAAAACUGCGAAUGCAGAAUCCCCAAAAGUUACGCGAACGUCUUCAGAAUGAGAAAAAAGCUAUUGCAAGUGCGGAAUCUGCCAUAAAAGCUGAAAUUUCUUCGCUGGCAGAUGAAAUAUCUACCCCCAGACUCUCUCCGGUAAGGCGACGACCAGGAACUCCAAGAGCGCUCGCGUCAUCCCCGCCGACUUCGAGCUCCACCACAACUCUCCACAGUCGUUCCCGUUCAAUCGAGUCCAAGGUUAAUACUCUGUUAUCAGAAUUGUCAUCAAGAACAAGUGCCCUUGAGAAAGAUAUUGAAGACUCGCUCCUUGUGAGCGAAAGGAGGGCUAAGAAACUUGACGAACUCUAUCGAGAAGCAAGCGCAGAGAACAGCGCCCUUUAUGAACGAUUCAAUGUUGAACUUAGUAAAGUAACUAAGGAAGUACGACUAGGGGCUGGUGAGGAGUCGCUCAAAUCGCAAUUGAAAGAAGCACUGGAUGAAGUGGCUAGGGUGAAAAAGGAGAAUUUGAGGUUAAAAAGGGAGAUUGGAGGGUUGAAAGCGCAGCAGCUUGGUUUUGUCAACGGGGAUGCACCAAAGGGCGAGGAAUGA